CCCGCCCCGGGGGCCGGUUGCAGCCCGGCUGCGUGUGCGGAGGCGCAGGAAGGGGCUGGGACAAGGCUGAGCCGCCGAGCGGUGGGAGGGGGCGGCGGCGGCAGCGGCGCUGGGGGCACCCCCCCCUUCACCCCCACCCCCCCACCCUGCACCCAGAGCUCGGCGGGGCGGUGGGCACCGAGACAGGGGAGGUAUGGGGUGGACGAGCAAGGAGAAGAACCCCGAGAAGGUCGUGGUGAAGGUGGAGCAAGGCGCGGGGGCGGUGGAAGGCGCUGCUGAAGAUGAGGAGGCAACGCGGGACGAAGGCUGCGGGAUCUGGAGGCCGGGAGGCGACGGCGUUGGGGUGAGGUGGGGAGAAACGGCCAACCAAGGCAACGCGGAUGAGCUGGGCGGAAGCGGGUCCCAGCCGAAGCCGAAACCCAAGCGGAAGCUGCACAAGUGCGAGGAGUGCGGCCGGGUCUUCAACUGGAGGAACCACCUCGUCCGCCACCAGCGCCUCCACACGGGCGAGCGGCCCUACAAGUGCUCCCUCUGCGGGAAGGGCUUCAACGACGGCUCCCCGCUGCUCAUCCACGAGAUGCUCCAUCGCGGGGAGAAGCCCUACAAGUGCUUGGAUUGCGGGAAGAGCUUCAGCCAAAGCUCCCACCUCAUCUCCCACCAGGUGGUCCACACCGAUGAGAAACCCUACGUCUGUCCCGACUGCGGGAAGUGCUUCGCCCGGCAGCAAUAUCUCCUCAUGCACCGCCGCGUCCACACGGGCGAGAGACCCUACAAGUGCCGGGAUUGCGGGAAGAGCUUCCGGAAAAGCUCCGACCUGGUGAGACACAAGACGGUCCACACGGGCGAGAAACCCUUCAAGUGUCCCGUCUGCGGGAAGGGUUUCACCCAAAACUUCCGCUGUAACGCCCACAAGAAGGUCCACAGCAAGGAGGGGGAGGGCGGCCGAGCGGCGUCGCCGCCCCGGCACACGCAGCAGAGCAGCCGCCAGACCACGGUCCCACCAGGUGACGGCGGCCACCGAGAGACUUCCCAGCCCGGAGACCCCCAGCAAGGAGGACGAGGCGGGUCCAGCUCGAGGAUGGAGGGCGGGGGCGGGCGUCGGGGUCCCGAGGAGCACAAAGCCCCCCCGGAGCGGCCGGGAGCGGGGCCGUGGCCUGGCGAGGGGCCGGCGCGGCCGCCUCCUCCUGCGGCCGCCUCGGAGGCGCCCGGGGGGACGUUCCCCGGCGAGGAGCGGGCGCACGAGCGGCGGCGAAGCUUCGGCUGCCGGAAGAGCCCGGGCCACCAGCGGCAGCCCCGCGGCCACCAGCGCCCCGGCCGCGGGAAGGGCUUCGGCGAGGGCUCCGACCUCGCGUCCCGGCGGCCGGAGGGACCCGCCGAGCCCCGGGGCCCGGCGAUAAGCCCGGAGCUCCUCCAGCGGGGCCCGCGCGCGGCCGAGAGGUCCCACCUCUGCUCCGAGUGCGGGAAGAGCUUCACGCGGAGGUUCAACCUCAAGCUCCACAAGAAGCUCCACACCGGGGAGAGGCCCCACAAGUGCCCCGAGUGCGGGCUGAGCUUCACCAACACGUCCCACCUCAUCGACCACCACCGACCCCGUUGGGGCAGGAAAGGACCGACCCCCCCGCUCCCCUCGAGCCUCUGCCCUGGCUCCGAUUCGCGCCGGAGCCUGAGCUGUUUAGAAAAGCAGGGAGGCUGCCGAGCGCUGGAAGAAGGGGGCGGCGGGUCCCGUCACCGGCUCCGGGUCGGGUAUCGCAGUUUUGUGGGGGACGGUGAUAGAGACACGGAGGCCAAAACUCUAACUGUUGUAACGCCGCCAGCAGAAAGUGAAGGAUUAGAGGCCAGUUUCGUUCUGAAGUUGGGUCCGGGCUUCGGGAAGGUGCCCAACACCUCGAGUAUGGGGUGGACGAGCAAGGAGAAGAACCCCGAGAAGGUCGUGGUGAAGGUGGAGCAAGGCGCGGGGGUGGUGGAAGGCGCUGCUGAAGAUGAGGAGGCAACGCGGGACGAAGGCUGCGGGAUCUGGAGGCCGGGAGGCGACGGCGUUGGGGUGAGGUGGGGAGAAACGGCCAACCAAGGCAACGCGGAUGAGCUGGGCGGAAGCGGGUCCCAGCCGAAGCCGAAACCCAAGCGGAAGCUGCACAAGUGCGAGGAGUGCGGCCGGGUCUUCAACUGGAGGAACCACCUCGUCCGCCACCAGCGCCUCCACACGGGCGAGCGGCCCUACAAGUGCUCCCUCUGCGGGAAGGGCUUCAACGACGGCUCCCCGCUGCUCAUCCACGAGAUGCUCCACCGCGGGGAGAAGCCCUACAAGUGCUUGGAUUGCGGGAAGAGCUUCAGCCAAAGCUCCCACCUCAUCUCCCACCAGGUGGUCCACACCGAUGAGAAACCCUACGUCUGUCCCGACUGCGGGAAGUGCUUCGCCCGGCAGCAAUAUCUCCUCAUGCACCGCCGCGUCCACACGGGCGAGAGACCCUACAAGUGCCGGGAUUGCGGGAAGAGCUUCCGGAAAAGCUCCGACCUGGUGAGGCACAAGACGGUCCACACGGGCGAGAAACCCUUCAAGUGUCCCGUCUGCGGGAAGGGUUUCACCCAAAACUUCCGCUGUAACGCCCACAAGAAGGUCCACAGCAAGGAGGGGGAGGGCGGCCGAGCGGCGUCGCCGCCCCGGCACACGCAGCAGAGCAGCCGCCAGACCACGGUCCCACCAGCAGGUGACGGCGGCCACCGAGAGACUUCCCAGCCCGGAGACCCCCAGCAAGGAGGACGAGGCGGGUCCAGCUCGAGGAUGGAGGGCGGGGGCGGGCGUCGGGGUCCCGAGGAGCACAAAGCCCCCCCGGAGCGGCCGGGAGCGGGGCCGUGGCCUGGCGAGGGGCCGGCGCGGCCGCCUCCUCCUGCGGCCGCCUCGGAGGCGCCCGGGGGGACGUUCCCCGGCGAGGAGCGGGCGCACGAGCGGCGGCGAAGCUUCGGCUGCCGGAAGAGCCCGGGCCACCAGCGGCAGCCCCGCGGCCACCAGCGCCCCGGCCGCGGGAAGGGCUUCGGUGAGGGCUCCGACCUCGCGUCCCGGCGGCCGGAGGGACCCGCCGAGCCCCGGGGCCCGGCGAUAAGCCCGGAGCUCCUCCAGCGGGGCCCGCGCGCGGCCGAGAGGUCCCACCUCUGCUCCGAGUGCGGGAAGAGCUUCACGCGGAGGUUCAACCUCAAGCUCCACAAGAAGCUCCACACCGGGGAGAGACCCCACAAGUACCCCGAGUGCGGGCUGAGCUUCACCAACACGUCCCACCUCAUCGACCACCACCGACCCCGUUGGGGCAGGAAAAGACCGACCCCCCCGCUCCCCUCGAGCCUCUGCCCUGGCUCCGAUUCGCGCCGGAGCCUGAGCUGUUUAGAAAAGCAGGGAGGCUGCCGAGCGCUGGAAGAAGGGGGCGGCGGGUCCCGUCACCGGCUCCGGGUCGGGUGGGCGCGGGGCGUUACCCGCCAUGGAUAAAUGCCAAAGCCAAGCCCAGCCGGUGGGCGCGGGAGGCGGCAGCGUCCCCCCUGCGCCCGGCGCUGCAGGGAAGGGAGGGCCUGCUUCUCGCCGCUGCCUCGCGCCCAGGAGGGUCGGUCCCGGUUUCGGGGAGAGCUCUGGCGGCGCAGGGGGGACCGAGGAGCUCCUGACCCGCCAGGGAUCCGCGCGGUCGCAGGACCUCCGGCCGGCACCGAGGCGUUCUCGGGGAGAAGCUCCCAGCCCCGGCGCCAGGGGCUCUGAGCAAGGCGCCUGGAAGGGAAGAGGCAUUCCUCUCGCCCGAGGGGCGGCUGCCUGCCCGUGCGGUGCGGCGAAAGCCCCGCAGGGUGGGCUGCAAAGGUACCUAAGGCAAGGAUGCCGUGCCAGGGGCCGGCCGCGCGUAGGGCGCCGGGGCGUAUGGGCUGGUGCUGGUGGCUGCUCGUUCUGGGUGGCCAGAAGCCUCUCCCUGUGGCACCCCUCAGGCUGGAGAAGCAGUCCCAGUGGCACUGGAAGGAAUAAGCCCUGGUUUCGGGAUGCCGAUUGGAACGCCCUCAGAGCGAGGAGCCCGUCUGGUGGCAAAAGUCAUCCGCUCACUGGGAAGGCGAUGCGCGAGGCAGCGGGACGGACCCACACCGUGGAGGCCGCGGUCUAGUGGGAAGGUGGAAAGAAUGAGGCAAACGAAGCAAAGGCAGGUGAGCAGAAUUUGUCAGGAAGAGCAGCUCAAGCGGCCGGACGCUCUCCCGGCCGCGUCGCCGAGAGCAGGGGUUGCAGCGAGACCCAGAGAAAGGGUCGGCCCUUUUGAAAUACCGCAGGGGAGGCCUGAUGGAAGCCUAAAUCGUGAGCCGGGCCCGACAGAGUCAGUAGGGAAAGAGUGUCUUAAAGAGGAUGGGAUUCCUCCAGGGCAGGUUUUGUCUUCCCUGAAGAGGUGAGCUGAGCUCACCCUUAGGCCCGGCUCCUGCGGCCCCCAAAUUUGGGUCGGGAGAGGGGCUCUGUCUAAGGACGUGGCACGCGGGACCUGUGGCAGGACGUUGGGAAGGAGCCUCUCGAGCCCUCCUGACUACAUCUGCGGCAGCCAGGCUUGAUGGAGGGGGGCCGCGGGCUCGUCACAGCCGGCUCGGGGCAGGACGCCCACCAGGUACGUGGGCUGUGGGGAAACAGAACAAAAGCCCUUGGAAAGGGGCGAGUCGUGAGUCGUGCCUGGGCUCCGGGCAUGGCUUAUGCGGAUUUAGGCCGUGCACAGGGCGCGCUCUCCGUUGCAGGUAUCGCAGUUUUGUGGGGGACGGUGAUAGAGACACGGAGGCCAAAACUCUAACUGUUGUAAUGCCGCCAGCAGAAAGUGAAGGAUUAGAGGCCAGUUUCGUUCUGAAGUUGGGUCCGGGCUUCGGGAAGGUGCCCAACACCUCGAGUAUUUCUCCUUGUGUCCCCACCUGAGGCGCACCGGAGCAGAAACCCCGCAGGAUGCGGCCCCCGGGCCCGGCAGGGAGGUCAGUGCCUUUGGUCAAGGCCCGCAGAGGGCCGAGAGCAGACGGUACGUGCUCCUCACACACGGACAGAGCCACAACAGCAGCCGCAGCACGUGGGACCCGAUUCUCCUCCUGUUAUUCCUGUAAGCCAGAAAGCCGGGCAGGUCCUGGGGAGCGGGCGCCGCGCUCGGCCUGGGACGGAGAGCCACAGACUUCGGGUUUGGAAGGGCGGGUGGACGGUCCCUCGCAGGGCGGUUUGGUCCCGGGUUCGGUUGUUCCAGGGGUUGCGACGCCCACCCUGGCAACGACAACGAGCCGCAUGAAGGCGGCGAUGCCGAGGCCUGUCUUUGUCGGCAGCGUAACACGGGCCACAGAUUAUGGACGUCCCGGGUGAAACGUCUGCAACUCCCAAAGGGGGGAAUUGCGACGGCAAACGUGCCUGUUCUUCUGGGAUGCGGCGGGGUAGCGCAGGAGUUAGUCGUGGUUAAGAGAGGGUCAGCGUGAGGGGUGGCAACUGACCCCUGAGAACCUUCCCGAGGCAGUAAAUAACGCUGGGGCCGGGCGAGAGGGUAUCGGCAACGCACGCCGCGCUGGCGAGGGCCUGCGGAAAGCCUGGCAGCGGGGCCGCCCUGCCGCAGAGAGGGGGGGAGGUAAGGGGAGGCCAGGGGGGACGUCCCCAGCGGUGAAAGGGAACUUCUGGGCCCAGAAGGCGCCGAAUCGGCGGCGGGGGGAGGUGGCGACCGCCCGCUCAGCGGGGGCACGACAGGAGCGACCCCCGCGCCCCUCUCGAGCCUCUGCAGGGAAUGAAAUUCACGCUGGAGCUGGAGCCUUCAGCAAAGAAGCUGCAGAGCACUGGGAGGAGAGGGCGCUGGGCCAGGCCAAGGGUGAGGCAGGCGCGGUGCGGUGGCUGCCACGGGCCCCGCCGGGGCCCCCAGAGCUGGGGUCCCGAAGAGCGGGUUCCUUCGCCCGCGCUGCAAAACGCCAACCCCCGCCCAGAGCCGCGGGGUUUGGACGGGCCCGUUUGGGGGCUGGGCUGGGGGCUGGGCGGUGACUGCACAGAGCUGCCGUGCGCUGCGAGGCGUUGGCACAGCGCCCUGUGCCCGUGACAGCCCACACCCGCACUGCCGCCCAUCGAGCUGCUGCUCAGGCCUCGUCUCGCUCCGCUCGAGAGGUUCAGCUGCCUGUCAGUGCCCCACGCGUGCUCCGAGAGCGAGGGGCUCGUUGGAGCAGGGGGGUUUCUGCCCUGCUUUGGGGGAUGCUGGGCGCUCUAAUGGGGAGAGUUCACCUAGAGGCCCCUCCGUGUUAGCUCUUGCCAACACCCCGACUCAUGGUUCCCUUUGACUACAGGCUCUGUGACCCAGCUCUCGGUGCCUCCUGAGGCGGGAUGUUCCCUUUGAUCAGCCUCUCGGCUCUUCUCCAAGGUCAGAGGCGUAAAACAGGCGCUCCCCUCUCUCUCCCCUCCCUUCUCUGGCCGCCAGGUUCUGUUUUGCCAGCCCGCCGUGGCUCGCGCUUGCUUAGAAAAAGUCCCAUUUUGUCUGGGGCUAUGGCGGGGAUGGUGCUCCCCCAGGGGUGAUGUUGUCCCUCGGGGUGAUGCCGGAGGCUACGAGGCCGCGGCGGCGCUGGGUAAGGGCUUUGCCCCUUUCGCUCUCGCUUAGGGCGCCUUCGGCCGCGCAAAAUGAUUCCUGCAGCGUCACGUGUCGACUUCUUUCUGCUUUUCCCCUCUCAAACCCUCGACCCGCUGCCAGUCCCCACCUCUUUGGGCGUAGCUUUGCC